GGAAGGGAGGGGAAGAGAAAGAAGGAAAACGAGAAGAGACUCACUUUGUUCGCCAACACCCCCGAGCAUGGCGGACCGGUAUGGUAAUAGUGCGCUUCGGAAACGCGGGAAUGCUUGCGAGAGUACCGAAAGUGGAUAACCGGUGCUGCGACGUCGUCGAGGACGAGGAGACGAGCGGUUGCGAGGAUAUUUCGCGGUAAAUAGCCGUUCUCGCCACUCGGCUGUCGGUCCUUCGACCGUGGAGCAGCCGGCGGGAGUUUUGGCGGGUAAACCAGGUGAAGGCGCGCGACGAUCGCCGACGCUCGCCGAGACGGAUUCCUGGCCGACGAUCUCGACGAGGAUUCUCGAGGAAACGCGAUGACGCGCGUGAAACGACACGGGACGCGUUCGUAAUCGCGAUAAUAAUCGGUCGACAUUAUCGAGCGAUUAUCGGGCGCGUCGUAUUCGUUAGAGUAUCUUAUUAGUAGCUUCGCUCGCGGGGAUCCGCGUGUUGUGCAAAUGUCGUGAUAUCAUCUGGAAAAAGCUCGGUCCGCAAUAUCGGGUGAACGCGACACGAAGCCACACGAAGCUGGUGGCGGCGGCGCGGCGCGACGACGGUUUUGGCGCGCGUAUUUCAGCUGUCGCGUGCGACCGGCAGAUGGCCGGUACGCCGGCUCACGGACACGCACGGACACGCCGCCGCGACACGCACACGGAGAAUCGACCAUUGCCGUUACCGCUACGGCGAGGGUGUCGCCGCGCCGUCCGCUCGGAAGCGCGCGCACUUAUGAAAGGCGGCGAGGAACGACGCGUUGUCAUCGCGUGAAACGCGAACGCGUCCCGGACACCUCCUCGGUCCGCAAAAGUGCCUUCCGCCCGUCCGAGCCUGCCCGUCGAAUCGUCACCGAGUGCCGUGCCGCCGAGGACAACUCCGUGGAGCUGCCCUAAUUCCGACACAACAAUCACAUUACCAGGAUGCCUCGGGUAAGGAGACAAGUGAUCCUGGAGGAUCCAGCCAGGCCAGUUACUCCAGACAUGGUGGAAACCAAGUUGUUAAAGUCUGAGUUUCUGGAUGAUGGUUCUUUGGAUGAAAUCCAACCUCCAAAGGUGGCAGAAGAAACACCAAGCCCUCAUUUACAGGAUCACCAGUACGGACAAACACCUUGUUACCAAAUAACGAGAAAACCCACACAACCACCACCAAGAGCUGAGAUAUCAGUUCAAGCGGUAAAAAGAAGACUGAAUUUGGAGGUAGGGACAACUGGUCCCAGCCAGUCUGCCUUCAAAACACCCAGAGGUAAACGUAGAAGAUCCGGCUCGAAUUCUUUAGCUGGUCAUACACCCACCAAAAGUAAAACUGUAGAAAGGACACGGUAUGAUACAUCUUUGAGUUUGCUCACAAAAAAGUUUAUUCACUUAGUUGAAAGCAGUCAGGAUGGUGUGGUGGACUUAAAUGUAGCGUCAGAAAAGUUGGAGGUACAAAAACGUCGUAUAUACGAUAUUACUAAUGUUUUAGAGGGCAUUGGUAUUUUAGAGAAGAAAAGUAAAAACAAUAUCCAGUGGAAAGGCGGUCAGUUACCGAACAAUCGAAACGAUAUCGCUAAUCUCAGAUGGGAGGUCGCGGAUUUGGAAGCUAAGGAAAACACUCUGGAUCGAUUGAUUCAUGGUGCUGAUAAAAACCUUCGCGAGCUCUGCGCGGAUAGACAAUACGCUUAUGUGACGUAUCAUGAUUUACGUUCAGUUUCAAUGUACAAAGACCAAGUUAUUAUGGCCGUGAAAGCCCCGCCGGAAGCUACCCUCCAUGUCCCACAACCGAUCAAUAACUUUGGUCAACAAAAGCUUCAAAUGCAUAUGAGAUCGGAACACGGCGAGAUAGAUGUGUUUCUGUGUCCUGAGGAUUCCACAGUCAAAACAUCUUAUCCUGGGUAUGCGACAACGCAAUCUGUGCCUCAAUCAAAAGAAUCCGAUAUACCUUGUUUGCCUCCUGAAUUGUUGGCUAAUCGAGAAAGCGACAUGCGAAUCGAGCCAGUACCUUCCGAUGAGAGUUUCAUAAAUACUCGUCUGUGUACCCCCGUAACUGCAGUUACCAGUGUAACAAGCAUGAAGGACGCGUUCUUAUGCGAAUCCGAUGAUUAUGGACCAAUGGGCGGUGGCAAAUUCCAACUCCAAACAGAGGAUCAAAUCAGCUCAGAUUUGAGUAUUCUCGAUUUUGGAGAACAACUACUGACUUUGGAACCACCUCUCUCCGAAAACGACUACUCGUUCUCGUUAGGCACCGAGGAAGGUCUUUCGGAUCUCUUCGAUUUUAAAUUCUAGGAAUAUCAUCGCUUAUUGCACGGGCGUUCGUGUCUUUUUGGGUUGUUACUCAAACAGAUGGAACUGCUUCGUCAGUUUUACAAUGCGCCUUCGUGUUACAUAGUGAUGAUAGUUGGCAGUUUCGUUCCGUGCGUCGAUCUUCGCGAAAAAUUGCAAACAUACAAAGACAUUUUUAUUUAUUUAUUAUUUCUUUAAGCACAUCAUUUUAUAUUUGGAAUUUAUUUUCCGUAUUUUUUGUACUUAAAAGUACAAGAAGGCUUAAAAGAAUAGCAACAAAUUAGUCGAGGCAUACCAUAGGCAAUUUCAUAAAUUGCACCCUGUUGAAAUUAAAGAUAGAUCACAUGAAAUGCAUUAUAUUUUUCGGUAACAAGAUUUUUUACACCGUCUGUUAUUGUAUGUUCUACAUAAAAACUAUAAAGGAAUGUUAUUGAUCUGUCUGCACCAGAAUAUUUUAAUAUUUUACGGUUUUUUUUGUACUCAUGUUUCAUUCUGGAAUAUUUCGUGGUUAUACUAUUUUAAUUUCUUGCGGACCAUAAACUCUCAAUGUGAAAGAGCCAAACCGCCGAGGCACAGGAUAAACAUAUCACAAUAUUGUUAAUGUGUGCUUCCGGCUUGAAAUGGUCUGCGUUGAUCACGUUUGCGGAAUGGAUUGCAAAGAUAUUAGACAAAGAGACAGAAGAGAGAUGAAAGAGGAAGAAUGUGUGUACAUGUAUGUAUGUGUGUGUUUGUGUGCAUGUGUAUGUGUAUAAGGAAGAGAGAGAGAGAG